GGGAAAAAUACUGAUUUUCGCAGCGUCUUUCUAACUGCUCUCUCCCUACUAGAAUUUUUCGAUCGAAAUAUGAUUUCAAAACUUUAAAGGAAUUUGAAGCACAUUUUACGGCUUUAUUGACGCUACGAACUUUCUCUCACGUGCCAUGAUGUUUCAAUAAAUUGUCAAAUUCUAUUUUUGCCAACAUAUUUUUGUCACUUCAUUUCUCAAAUAGUUGGAUGCUAUUUAUGGAUCUUAACCGUAACUGAAAUUCGUAUUGAUCGAAUUUUUUGAUACUAAACGUCAAUCUGCAUAUCUAUUUGAUUGUGCAUUAAAUUAUAACCUAAACGGCAUGGAAUGGAAUGCUGAGAGCGUUUUAGAUGCUCUAAAUGAUUUUGAAAGAAAAUUGGAAUUAUCCCCGAUUCUGGAGGAUUAUUUGAAACGGAUUGCGAAGAAUGGCGAAAUAGUGUUUCCGUGGUGUAAGCUCAAACCUUUGUUGAAGAAGAAACUCGAAGUUGUGCUGGAUGAAUUUUAUGAAACUUGCCCAGUGGAAACAUCGGUACCUGUGCCAAACUUCGAAACUUUUAAUUUUGAUGCUUUGAAGAAAACAAUUCUUCAAGCUGUGGAAUCUUUUACGAGUGCUCCAUUUACUAUUCAAAGAUUGUGUGAACUUGUAACUGAUCCAACUAAACAUUACAAUCGCACCGAUAAAUACAUGCGAGGCAUUGAAAAGAAUGUUCUUGUUGUCAGCACUAUAGAACCGAGAUCAGGCCAAGAAGGAAAUAAUGUUAACAAUCCAGUUGUAAAUGGUCUGCUGAAUGAUUCUCCGAGAGACGAUAAUGAUACUUUAAAUGGUCACGAAAGUUCAGAUAGUGUUUCUUCAUCGAAUUUAAAUACCUCCUCAAAUCAUGUGCUUUUAGAAAAUUUCGCCAAUGUUUUCCCAUCUGCAGCUUGUAUUCCUUCAGCUUCAAAUAUUUGCCUGAACCGAGAAAUUGACAACAACUUUCUUGCAAAUUCAGAAUGUGUUGAAACUCAGGAAGUUGAAUUCGAAUCGAAUCCACCUGUUGAGCAGCUUGAAAAUGCUUCUGCAAAAGAAGAAGAAAUGGAUACAUCUGAAAACGAAACAGAAACUGUUUCAGUUAAUAGUGGAGAGAUAACCUCAUCUGAUGCUGCCCCUUCAGAAGAUUCUAGUUCAUCAGCAGCAGAGAAAAAUAGUAGUACUGAAUCAACUGAUAGCCACUCUGAAUUGGAUCCAGUUUCAUCCGAUUCAAGUGAUAGUGUUGGCGCAAGUGAAGAUGUUAAACACGAAGCAGACUGCUCUGAAUCCCAGCCUGAUGAAUCUAUUCCCACCCAGGAAUCUGCAAAACCUAGUGGUCGUGGUAAUGUUCACCAAGAUGAUACAGUUUCCCAAAGCAGUGAAGAUUCUUGCCAUUCAUCUGAGGCAUCACAGAGCAGCGAAGCGUCUGAUCAUAUUGAAGUUCCACGAAAUGAUGAUAAUGUACCUACCAUUUCUGAAGUAUCGCAAAGCAUAGCAACAAGUGAAUCAUCAUCUGAUUCUUCCUCAAUGGAAUUAGAAUCAUCUACAAAUUCAGCAGAACCAACUGUGUGAAUUAACUAACAUUUUUGUGUUGGCUUUUCAUACAUGUUACUAGUAUCGUUUACUAAACAUGUUGCAGUAUGAAACCUAUUCUCUAACCAUAAUGCAGCUUUUUUGCUGUAGAGAAAGUUGCCAGCAAUUACAGUGUCUUCUCCAUUUGUAUAUGAUUUAUGAUAUUAAUUUUAUAUAAGUCAAAAUUGCACAAUAUUUUACUGAUUCGUAUAAUUAACUUUUUCAUUAUCAUUCUUGAUUGUAUUUUUAAAACCAUUCUAAAUUUGACAUUUGCAUACUUGGUAAUUUUCAUUCAUAUUAAAUGCUUAUUGUGCAUUUUGAAAAUUUCAAAAUAAUUUUGCUAGCUCUUAUUUCAUAUUAAAAAAUUAUUUUUAUGGUAAAUCCUAGAAGAUGCCAUCUUUUAAGUGGCAAAUUCAUUAAAACUUUUUAAUAUUUGAAAAUUUCAUUAAGAUGGGUUUUUUUUCUUAGUUGGUUCUUUCUGUAAUAUAGUCAAAGAGACUAGAAGAUCAGAUAACCGAAUAGUCAUUUUGAAUAUCAAAAGAGAAAAAAUACUAAGUUAAAUCUACAGAUUGUAUAUAUUUGAAUCCCCAUUAGAUUUACUGAAAUGUGUUAUUGAAUAUCUAAGUUUAUUGAUAAAAUCAUUAUUUCUGCAAUUAAGGCAUUCAAGACAUAAUGUUCACAAUGUAACUUCGUAUCUUGAUUUUUAGAUGUUGAUAUCGAUUAGCUUAAAAAAUACUUUUUUUUGCCAGCUCCUCUAAAUGUUCUUGACGGGCUGGUUAUAAAGGAGAUACAAAUGUUUUUGUAUAAUUUGGCCAGAUAUUGUGCUAUAGUAUCUUACCCUGCUCUUGUACUAUGUUUUUGUAUAUAAUAUAUGAUUUAAUGAUUUUCUUUGCCCUCUGGGUAGGAGGCAUUUUCAAAUAUAUGUGAUGGAUGUAAUACGAGAGCAUAUAAUAUUGUUAGGAUAUUCCAUAGUGGUUUUUUUUUUUUUUUUUUUUUUAUCUUAGUUACCUUACCAGGCUAAAAAUAAAAUUUUAUUAUUUAUUCAUUAAACAACUUUAAUAUUGGGGAAAAUGUACAAAUAUUAAGUUAUUUUUAAUGUGUUAAUUUCUAAAAUAAAAAUAAUGAAGCACAAGUUACUUAAUAUUGUUUUUAUUUUCUUUCAAAAUAAGCCUAAUAAUUAUAAAUUUGAGGAUCCUAUAUAGGAUUAAGAUUGUGUAUUUGCUUGUCCUAAAUUCAAAAUUACUAAAACAAUAAGAGCUUUGUUGUUAUAGUAUUAAUACCAUGUAAUAUAAUUAAGCUAACUGCUUUGUAUAUUGCUGUUUAAUUUGUGUAACUUCGGAAUGAUUUAUGUUUCUGUGUGUUAGAUAUUCCCAGUCUUCUGUAGGAUUUGAUAUAUUGUAACUGUGUUUUGAGGUGGAUAUAUUAGUUUUUUGUUUUUUCAAUGUGAUUUUUGUAAAUAUAUAUUGACAAUGGCUGUGUAGAAUUCUACUCUGAAUUGUAAUUGUUCAUUCAAGUGUUUUCAUGCUUAUGUCUAUUAUUUUAGAAAAACGAAAUUAAAAAAUUAGAAUAUUUA